UCUUUUGUAUUGAUGAUGUCGAACAAGGCAUAGAUUGCUAGCUUAGCUGGCUAAUCUUAUACCCUUUAUAAAAACCAACAGCGUCAAUCCUCCUACAGAAGUCUUUGAACGCGCAAUCUACUUGCUGUCUGCCCGUCUCUCACCAACUUUUCAUCUAUCUAUAAAAGAAAAGAAACGAAAAGAAAAGAAAACCAUACUUAUUAUUGGUAAUUGUGGGGGCGGAAAGGAAGAGGAGGGAAUAGCGUGGACGUUCUGCCCCGCCAUCAUCUCUUUCUUCUUUAUUUUUGGCCGAGAGAAACGGAGAAGAAGCAAGACAUUAUUGUUCUUUCUAUAACAUAAACUCAUACAAGCUUCAAGAAGAGAAAUAGUUUAACACAGCAAGAAGGAUAAAAGCUUUGCCUGAUUGGUCUUCUUCCACUGUUGUUCUAGCAAGUUCAGAAUAUAAGAUAUGGUUCUUGAUAGCAUGAUAACUUCUCCUCACCUGAGAUCACCAUCCUUCCGGAAGCAAUUCCCACGGGAUGAUUUGGGUAGCUGGUCAACUCUCCUUCAGAGGCACCGUUUCCUCUUAACAGCCUUGGUUCUCUUGGCUUUCUUAUGCACAAUCUAUCUCUACUUCGCUGUUACUCUAGGGGCCACUGAAUCAUGUUCUGGAUUUACCGGAACCAAAAAGGCAUUAUGUCAUGUGGAGCUGGCAAAGGAUUCUGUAGGCCAUGGAAAACUCAAGUUUUUCUAGCACAUAGAUGACUCUCAAUCAGUACUUGGUAGUGUUUUCUUUGUCUCUUAUUUGAAGGGAUAUGCUUGAGCUCCUAGUGAUUGUUGUAUACACAAUAUUUUGUACCAGGAUUUGUCUUGAAAAAUUUCAACCACAUCCAAUGAUAAUUCUUCAUUGUUAUUAUAA